AUGAUACCAACAAUUACACGGUUACUUCCUCUGCUAAUCUACGCAUCGACGAGUUCAGCACUGAUAAGCUUACCAGGACAGAUUCCAUAUUGGGUUGGAGGAGCUGCCGUAAACCCACUACUUGACGGUGAUCUUGGUCUCGGAGGGCUAGCAGGCUUGCUUGGCUUAGGUGGUUUAGGAGGAGGCUUGGGAGGACUAGGUCUAGGUGGAUUAGGCGGUCUUGGUCUUGGUGGUUUAGGACUGGGUGGCUUAGGUCUUGGUGGUUUAGGCCUAGGUGGAUUAGGCCUUGGUGGUCUGGGUCUUGGUGGCCUUGGUGGUCUCGGUGGCGUGCAAGUAAUUCGGAUACCGCUCGAUGGUGGCAACGGCAACGGUGCGCCGUCCUGUAUUCCGUGUAUGAUUUGUAUGCCAAGCAUGCAGAAUGGGCCAACAACACAGUGUAUGCCAGUGCCAGUACCUCAGCCACAAAUACCACAAGUACCACAGCCACAACCACAAGGCGCUGGUGGCAUGAUGAUGAUGUGCUGCUGCUGUUCUGGUGGAAAUCGACCGUUUUAUGGGAAAAAAUAA